UCAGAAAUGUGCGGGCUACAAUCAUGCCUCAUUAAGAAAGGUUCGGGUUAAUUUUUUGGGGUUUCUGAAAAACUGGUUUUCUACAAAACCAGGUCUUCGAAGGCCUAGCAGCAAAAACCAUUGUCAUAUUCGGAAUCAGCAUAGUCGAUAACCUAUUCUUCACUAGAUUUCAACAAAAAAGCGAGCGGACACUUGGGGCAAUUCCCUCGUAAGUCUGAGUAAGUAGCAUCAGCUUCCGUCGAGUUCGUCCUCAAUUAAUUCUAUCUGUGAAUCAUCCGACUGAACACGCGAUGACCAACGAUACUUGCACAACACCCAGAUACUUCUUCUUCUCUGCUACUCACAUAUGCUUUUCAAAACAACACCAAGAGAUCUUCAUCGACCGUUAUUUCCACCUGUCUAUAUAGCCACAUUAUGAAAUUUUGAAGUGGUUUGUGCAGAUGUUUACUCGAUCGGCUCGCGAUAUAUGUCGAUGCACUGUGACCAACUUCAUGUAUCCUGUUUUAUUAAGCACAAAACCAAAACUGGUGGUGCAAGCUUGUGUCGUGCAGCGACUACAAAUAUGUGAGUUGCAUCAUCGAGAUACAUGAGAUUAGCUUUUAGAUGAUUAUUGUUCAUUAAUAAAAAGUGUAGCUAACGAUGUCGGAAAAUAUAACUUAAACUAAGAUGAUAGUAUUCAAAUAUUUACAAGAAGUAGAAAAUAACAGAUCAAAUGUUUUUACAUUAAUAGGAAGUCAAAUGGCAUUAGAUAUAAAUAAUAAUACAUAUGUUUAUCAUACAAUAAGUGAUAUUAUUUUAAAUAUUGAAAAUGGUUCAAUAUUAAUAUUAAAAAAAAUGAAUAAUAUAUAUAGUAGUUUAUACGAUUUAUUUAAUCAAAAUUUUACACAAAUUGAAGAUAAAUAUUAUUGUCGUAUUGCAAUGGGAAAUUAUUUGAAUCCACAAUGUCAUGUAAAUAAAUUAUUUUAUUGUAUUAUAAUUAUAGAUCAUAAUGAUUUUAAACACGCUGAUGUCGCAUUUUUAAAUCGAUUUGAAAAACAUAUUAUUCAUCUUGAAAAUAUUAUGGAUAAUUGCCAUUUAUCAACUGUUAAAGCCAUAUUAGUAUGGAUUGAAUCAUUUAAAAAUAUCAAUCAACAACAUUAUUUUACUUAUCAACAUUUAAUUGUUAAUUUUAAUCAAGAUUAUUUAGCCUAUCUUGUAUUAAAAGCAUAUGAACAUUAUAACUCAAUGAAAGAUGUUAUUAAUUAUUGUAAACAAGUAUUAAUAAGUAAUUCUACAUUUGGCUUUGCACUUGUUGCUAGUAUAUCGGAAAAUACCGAUAUUAAGAAAGAAUUAUUAGAAAAAUAUUAUACCGAAAAACCACAUACGUUAGAUAGUUUUCGUACAAAUGAACAUUUAACAAAACAAAAUGGUUUGAGAAAAAUAGUAUUUACCUAUACACGAUUAUCAGAGACACUUAUAUUUCCAGAAACCUUUCAUGGUUUUCUCGAAUAUAAAUUAUCAAAUUAUUGUUCGGAAAAUGAUCUAAAAAACAGUAUUAAUUAUUAA